AAGUGACGCCCCCGCCGCUUCCUUUCCCGCAGCGCCGGAAAAAGCAGAAAAAAAAAACAACACAGCCGCCCCGCCUCAAACCAAGCCCCCUCUGGCCCUCUCCCUCCGCUCCGGUUCACCGACUCCCUCAAUCCUCAUCGCGCCCCCCCCCCCCCCCCCCCUCCGGCGAUCCUAACGGCUUAUGGUAAGUGGUGAGUGAACCACCACUUACGGUGCCAUAAUGGAUGGUAGUAGUGAGCGAAUUCAAUUCUCAUGGGGGAAGCGUAGAGCAAAGGGUGGUGUUAAGAUGGAUACACGGUUUUACGAGUCCUUCACAUUGGAUAAUGUGAAAUAUUCACUGUAUGACUGUGUCUACUUGUUUAAGCAUGGUGAUCCUGAACCAUACAUUGGAAAAAUAGUGAAGAUUUGGGAGCAAAAUCAGGCUAAGAAAGUAAAAAUUCUUUGGUUUUUCUUUCCUGAUGAGAUUCAGAAAUAUUUAAGAGGCUCUGUGAUGGAAAAGGAGAUUUUUCUUGCUUCUGGUGAUGGUAUUGGGCUUGCAGAUGUCAACCCACUGGAAGCUGUUGCUGGAAAAUGCACUGUUAUAUGCAUUUCAAAGGAUGAGAGAAAUCGCCAACCUUCCCCUCGGGAACAAGCAAUGGCUGAUUAUAUCUUCUAUAGGGUCUUCAAUGUUGAAAACUGCACCCUUUCUGAUCAGUUGCCUGAUAAAAUUGCUGGGUUGGGAGUCGAGGUUCUGCUGAAUCCAAAAGAUGAGUUAGUCAUAUCCAGUCCUAACGCACUGAAUCCAAAUGCUGAUGAUGGUCUGGCUGCUACAGCCCCUCCUCCCCAUUCAGCAGUUAAAGAGGAGAAUGAAAGUCCAGAUGCUGCAGUUCCACUUUCCCAGCCAGCAGCUAAGGAGGUGGAUGCAAAGUCGCCUGCCGCAGUUCCCCUUUCCCAAUCAGUGGUCAAUAAGGAGGACCAGAAACCAGUUGCUGCCAUUCCUAUUUCCAAGUCUGUGAUCAAGAAAGAGGAUAAGAAAUCAGUCGCUGCUGUUUCUGUUUCCCAAUCAGCAAUCAAGGAGGAAGAGAAACCAGUUGCUUCGACCCCCCAUCCACGGUCAGCAGUUGUGGAGAACAAUGCCAAACAUACACAAUCACAGAAUGCUCAAGGUGGGGAGAGGCCGCCAAAAAAGUUGAAAUUAUCCCAAGAAGCUACAGUGAAGAACAUGACCCCAGCGGUUACUGAGACGAGACCUUUGGAGCUACCAUCAAGACAAGCUGACAGAAGCAAAUGGUUUAAAAUUUCAUGGGAUGACAAACUACAGAGGGCUGAUGAGCAGGGGACACUUGUAUAUAUUCAAAAUCUUGAUAUUAACUUUGCAGCUGCUGACAUAGAGGAGCUGAUUCGUGAGGCAUUACAGCUAAAUUGUACUGCGAAGCCCAUUAACCACCCCACCUAUGAUGAUCCAAACAAUGGAAAAGCAUAUGCUAUCUUCAGUACUAAAAAAGCUGCUGAUGAUGCUAUUUCAAAAAUCAAUUCAGGCUUGGUUGUUGGUGGAAGACCUCUUUACUGCAGCAAAGGUUUGCUUAAGGUUCCAAAAUCUUCAGGAACUUUUGUUGGGCACUUGUCCUUACAUAAUAUUAAAAUUGGUCCAAAACAGCGAGAAGAGCAGAAGAAGGCUGUAUCGACCUCACAUUGUUCUCAGCCGAACACAAUCGAGUAUGACUUGGCCUUGGACUGGAUGCUUCUUCGAGCAAAGCAAGAGAAAAAAUUUGAAAUACUUCACAAGGAUCAUAAAAAUGCCAGGGAAGGGUUUGCUAGUAUUGGCAGCAAGGCCGCAAAGGCAGGAAAGUAGCUGGUUCUCAAUUAUCACCUUUCAGAGCUUGGUGGUCCCUCCCAGAAGCACUUUACGAUCAGCAAGUUUCUUCUCUCUGGAAGAGGAUUGUGCACAGAGGUUUUUGAAUUAGCCAAUGCAUUCAUUGAGGGGACUAACUGCACUGAACCGUGACUGCUGAUGUUAAUUCAUGUUAGGAAAGGAAAAGGGAAAAAGUCGCAGGGUAGCUUUAGAACUCAGAGUAGCUAGGCAGAAGUAGCCAUUGCAGAAAGUUUGGUGGCGUUAGGAUGUUUUGGGCUAACAUAUGGUUACCAGUUAAGUAUGCCAGCGUAUCAAUGAUGCGCAUCACUUGCUGCGCCCUGGGUAGCAAUUCAUGGAAUGUGUAUAUCCUCCGAGUCCAUGGCUUGUUUAUCCCAUCCAUGGGGGUUGUUUGUAAGGCACUGGCACAGUGGCACUGGUUUAUGAACCCCCUGUUCCGCUACAAGAUAUAUUCAUUGAUGAAAUUGGAAGGCCUUUUAUGGUGGAAGGCAUAGGGUGGUCUACCUUUAGA